GCCACUGGGAUCUCUGGACUAGCCUAGCCACCACGUUGUGAUUUUUUGCAAUCUCUGCAAUACGCUACCUUUUAAGGUCAAGAUGUUGUUAAGUAUAAAAAGUAUCUUAUGGAUGUACUCUACGUUAGUUAUAACAUAUAUGCUACCUAAAGUUAAAGCAGAAAAAAAAAUCCUGGUAAAGGGAUCCCUGUCUGGAACUUCAGUCCUGCCAUGCUUCUUUUCAACCACACCCACCAUAGCCUCCAGCUAUGCAGCUGAGUAUCUGCGAAUCAAAUGGUCAAAGGUUGAACUGGAUAAAAGUGGAAAAGAUGCAAAAGAAACCACAGUCCUGGUGGCCCAAAAUGGCAACAUCAAAAUAGGUCAAAGCUACAAAGACAGAGUGUCUGUUCCGACCCAUUCAGAGGAGACCGGUGACGCUUCGCUGACUUUCUCUAAGCUGCGUGCAAGUGAUGCAGGAGUAUAUCGCUGUGAUGUUAUGUACGGAGUUGAAGACACACAAGGCAUUGUAUCACUGGCUGUUGAGGGUGUUGUAUUUCACUACCGUGCAGCAACCAGCAGGUAUACUCUGAAUUUUACACAAGCUCAGCAGACUUGUCUGGACAAUGGUGCUGUCAUAGCAAGCCCAGAACAACUGAAAGCAGCCUAUGAAGAUGGAUUUGAGCAAUGUGAUGCUGGCUGGUUGUCUGACCAGACUGUUAGGUAUCCAAUUAGACAUCCAAGAAUUGGCUGCUUUGGAGAUAAAAUGGGAAAGAAAGGAGUCAGAACAUAUGGGCGCCGUUUUCCUAAUGAAACUUAUGAUGUGUACUGCUAUGUGGAACACAUGGAAGAUGAAGUGGUUCAUGUCUCAGUCCCCGAGAAGCUCACCUUUGAGGAAGCUAAAGAGCUGUGUCGGAAAAGAGAUGGUGUUCUUGCUUCUGUUGGGAAUCUGUAUGUCGCCUGGAGGAAUGGCUUUGACCAAUGUGACUAUGGCUGGCUGGCGGAUGGCAGUGUUCGUUACCCAGCCUCAGUGGCAAGGCCCCAGUGUGGUGGAGGUUUACUUGGGGUGAGAACCCUGUAUCGCUAUGAAAACCAAACAGGCUUUCCUUACCCAGAUAGCAAGUUUGAUGCCUACUGCUAUGAACGUAAAAAAAUCAUAUCAGAGCCUACAACUGUUAAGCUGAUUACAUCCCUGAAAACUGACAGUGUGAAAUCGUCAUCUGCUAAAGUUACCCUUAAACCUCCUGUUUUUGAGACUUCAACUACUGAAGUGGCUGUCACCAAAACAGAGGUCCCUGCUUUGGAGGAAACAACCCUAGAGACUGAAGAAGAUACAGAAAUGACUACUGAGGUGGCUGAGGAAAAAAGGGAAAUGGAGGUGCUUAUGGAGAACAUUAAGUUAACCACCCUUCUACCUCAGACUGUCACAGAUGGCGAAAUAAGCACUUACGAUACACUCGGAAGGACUGAAUAUGAUGUUUCACCUAGGUUAACAGAGAGCACAUCUGCAGCUUUGGAACUGGAGCACACUUACUCUGAAGCAGAAUUGCCCGAGGAACAAGGUAGGUCUGAAAGCAUUGAGGACGCUUUCUUGACCUCUAUAAUUUUUCAGGAUAGCACAGCUGUAGCUAAGAUUUCCACUGGUUCAUGGGAAGAUACUGAAACAGGAGAUACACAAAAACAUGAUGCUGAUAAUCAGACUGAACAAAUAGAAGUGGGUCCUAUGAUGACAGCUACAGAUAGCUUGUUAUCAACUUCUCGGAGAGAGUUUCCCAGGACAGGGACUUCAGUUUCACUAACAAAAGAUAAUAUGUAUCUUGGUGCACACUCAACAAAAGAACCCACAAAAAAGUCAAUGGAGGCGAAAUCUGACAAGAAACUUACAACUGUUGUAAUCCCUAAAGCUUUGUUCACUGAUCAGUAUGAUCUUACUACAGAGGGGGAGGGCAGAGAGAGCAUGUACACUGUUAUGCCUGAUAGAGUUUCUGGCAUGGCUACUGGUAGUGUCCCAGAAUCAGAUGUGCCUGCUGCGUCAGAGACACUCGUAGAUGAGCAUGCAGUAACCAGUGGACAAUUUUCUACAGCAGAUGAGUCAACUCAAUUUGUUAAAUUUAGUUCUACAAUGGUGUUUGAUAAUGAGGCAUCAGCUGAAGGAAGCAGAGAGGACCUGAGAGAUGUGCAGCCUACAGUAUCAUCUGGAAUACCUGUAUCCUUUUCUGUAUCAACUGUUAAUCAAACAGGAUCUGAGGCCGUCACUCUCUCAGCAAUUACUGUUUCCCUGCAAAACUUUGGAGAAGGCACCACAUCUGUUAUCCACUCAUCUCAGCAAACAGAAGGAUCAGCCAUUUUAGAGGAGCAAGAAAAAACAAAGGAGCCAGAAAUGAGAACAAUGGAUGUUAAGAUCCCUCAUGCCAUAACCGUCAUUCCUACUUGUGUUACAGCAGAAUCUGAGGGAUGUUCUGCAAGUGAGAAGUUCACACAGGCUCCUCCAGCUUCUGGCAUGUGGCUGCCAACAGAUAAACAUCAGGGGUAUAUGACAAAAGAAUCAUCUCAUACUAAGAGAAUACAUGAGUUAGAUACAGAAGAUGGUAUCUCUGGAAUGGAGCCUACAUCAUCUCCAGGGCAAAUUACAGAAUAUACAAAGCAUCCAGGAGCUCCAGUUUCAGCAGUUACAGAUGAAACUGAGACAAGCAAGGAGCCAGCGGAAACGAAAAGUGAUGAAGAGGCUGUAUCAGCUGAUUUUGAUCACAGAAAAGAUACUACAGGUGUCUCCCACACAAGCAGCUCUUUGGAUUUGGAAAUGGUCACAGUAUCCAAAACAUCAGUGGAUGAAACUGGUGCAACAAUAAAGUCUUUUAGCUCCUCAGGUGUUACCAUAUUACCAACUGCUAUGCCCACAAUCAUGGAGAUAACUGAACAUGAAGGAGAUGAAACAUCAGGGUAUGUUUUGAAAACGUCCAUUCCUACCCCAGAAGUUGAACAAAGAGAGGCUACUGACACAUUGGUAGCAACGCCUGCUGAAGAAGUCUCUACUGAAAUGGGGGUCUCAAAAUAUACAGUGACAGAGGAAGGCCAGACAAGUAUUACGACAUCAACUGAGGAAGAGUCAGUGGCAACAGUUCAAGACAGAAAAGGAACACCAUCAGCUGGCUUUGGAGGGACAAAGGAAUCCAUUAUAUUUACAGAAGUAACAAAGGUAGAUGCUACCGUUCCACAGAAAGAACGUGAUGCUUCCCUAGUUCCAGUUACUGUAGUGAGUGAGGUCACUAGAGAUAUGCCAGUUACUGAUCAGACUCCUUUUGAUGGUGUCUUUCAGACAGAAGCCAUAGAAACAACUGCAAAAGAUAGUGAGGUGUUCCCAGAGGAACUCUCCACGAAAGAUCAAGAUAAGGAACUAGAUACUGCCACAGAGUCUACCUUAUCUGUGACAUCUGUCCAAAUGCAUGAACAAAAGACAGCACCAGGAUCUGAAUCAUCUCAAACAGCUAUUCAGGAAAAACAAGAUGAGACAGGUUCAGCUUAUGAUGAGACAUAUCCAGCAACCGAAGUAUUAGUGCCUGCAGUGAAGCUCACAGAUUAUGGAAGAGUUCUGGGACCUGAUGAAACUAGCACCAGGACCUUGCAUCUCACAGUGACUCCAAAACCUGAAACUGCUACUGAUCAAGAAGAGAAGGUCACUGAAGUGAUGCCUGUAACAGUGGGUACCCAAGCAAAAACAUACGAAAGCACAGGAACCCCCACCAGGGAAGAAGACAGUGAUGUAGAGAGCCUGGAAUCUGUGUUGCCCCCCCAUAUGAUGCCAACAGGUCGUUCUACUGUGGAAAGCAUUACUCAUCUGACUUUGGGAGCUUCUCCAAGCCAAACUCUGGAAGGUUCAGGAAUAUCAGAAGAACCUGAAGAUAUCAAACCAGCUGUAUCUUCAGCUAAUGCAACAGAUAAGGCAGCAAUUCUCAGCGAUGUAACAACACCUUCCAUUAGUGCUGUAGACAAAAUUCAGCCUACAUCAGCAUCCAAACCUGUUGUUACUCAAAAGUCACCACGUAUCAUUCCUGAGGAAGAAGAAGAGGUAACAAGCAAUGACAUCAUCAUCAUUGAUGAAUCCAUUUCUCCCAGUAAAGCCACUGCUGAUGAUGAUCUGACAGGAAAGAUGUUAGAACCAGAAAUUGAUAAGGAAUAUUUCACAGCAUCAACUGCUACUGCAGUUGCACGACCUACUGCACCACCCAAAGUGAAGGAGGCCACAGAGGCUUUACAACCUCAAGAGGUGUCUCCUUCUGCUUCACACCCUGAUAGUGGAAAUGACAUAAGAUUGUAUGUUAUUCAAAUCACAGGCAAUGACACAGAUCAUCCGGUGAAUGAAUUUUUGGAUCUGUUCAGUCGCCACAUGCUUCCUCAUGCAAUAGAUGAACCCCACAUUGAUGCAGAAUCAGCUCAGACUGAACCCUGUACUUCAGACUCUGUGCAGGAUUCAUCUGAAUAUAUAAUAUUGGAUCCUUUCUUUCCAGACUUUGUACAGUUUGAAGAAGAGGAAGACUGUGAAAAUACUACUGAUGUUACAACUCCUCCAGCUUUGCAGUUCAUCAAUGGAAAGCAGCAAGUUACUAGUGCACCUAAGAGCACAAAAGCUGAGGAAGCAAGAAGUGACCAAAUUGAAAGUGUUGCACAUUCAAAAAAUGUAACCUUUUCUCAAAUCAAUGAAACAAACACAUUUAUAAUACCUGAAACUGAAGCUUCUGGUACUAUGCAACCAAGCAAAGCUGGAGAAGUAAUAGGGGCAUUUGAAGUUACACAACCAACAGCAGAUGUUGCAAUGUUAGAACCUGUUUAUAGUGGUGAGUCAGAAGUUGCCGCAACAGAUAAAUCAAUAGCCAUUACUUCUUCAUAUGAGCAGUCACUGCAAAAAGAUAAAGAGACCAUAACAUGGGAUAGAACUGAGGAGAGCUCUACUAAAGAUGCAAAAAACUUGGUUUUGAUUAGUAACGAAUCUUCUGGAGAUAGCUCCACGGAAUCUGAUUUAUCCAGUUCUGUCUUCUCAGAAAUUGUGACAAUGUCAAGAAAGGAAGAUGAUGAAAAGAAUUCUGGUAUAACUUCUGCUCCUGAUGCAUUUACGGUGGAAAGUUUUGCUGUAACUGCUUCUCUGGAUGCAGUUUUUCAUACUGCUACGGUAGGCAUAGGUGUGAAAGACCUUAUUCCAGAAGAGGCAACCUCUACUUCAGAUCAUUAUAAAUCAACUAUUAAACUUAAUGCAAAUUCCUCUGUUGAAAAUCUUCUGGAAACAAGUAGUCAUACAGCAAAGCCUGAGAUGAGUGCUGCUUCUUUUAGAGUUCUAGAAGGCUCUGGAGAUGUUGAAGAGGACAUCACCGUAACUUCAGCCAUGACAACGGAAAAAGCAGUAACAGAAACACUUUCAAUGCAAGAUAUUUCUUUGGGCUCUGGCACAGUACUGCCAACAGAAACUUCUGUAACCAUUUCAGGAAUCACCUCUGCUUUGCCCAGAGGAAUAAGCACUCUUUAUUCUGCUUUUGAUCAAAGUUCUGAAGUAACUGUUGCCACCAAUUCUGUGUCUGACUUUAUUAUGGAGAAAGUAGUUGCCAGCUCUCUUGUAACUGAAAAGAAUAUUGAAGAUGAAAAAGAAAUGCAGACCACUGUUUAUUCAAGUCAGGAAAAUUCAGCUACUGCUGCAGCAGGAAAUUUGGAGUUGAGCGAACUUGGGAGCACUACUAGUGAAGUCAGAACUGUAAGUCAAGAGCCCACCCCGUUCAGAAGAACAGUACUGGUAACAGGUACAAUAAGUUCUGAAAUCAAAAAGGUCACUACCAUUCCUCUCUGGAGAGAGAAGAAGCUUUUUAUAAAUGAAGGAUCAGCAGAAGAACCAGCAGACAUAUUUUCAGGGGGUCCCACAAGAAAAGUGGUAAGUACUGACUCCCCGUUUAUUGAUCCAGGUUCUGGAGACAUAGAUGUUACCAUUGAGUCUGCUACUUUGACUUCAGUUCCAUUAAGGCCUGUCACUGAAACACAAACAGAAAAGCACGAAGGAAAAGUUUACAGCAUAGAUCAUGCCUCACUGAAGAAUGCAACAACAGAAUAUGAAGAACAUGCAAGAACAGAUGAAUCAGCAAUAUCAGUUUCAAGUACUGAGUCAGAUGGCUUAACAAAGGAGCCUGGAGUAGCAAGUCAGAUGUCCUGGGAUGUGUUUAGUACGGGAAACCCAGGAGAAAAAAAUCAAGAAACAGAACCAACUUACACAACUCCUCCUGUAGUGAAAACUAGUCCUGGUUCUAGAAAAGAGAUAAUAUCUCAUGUUGCACCAGGAGAUAAAACUGAAGAUUUAGAAAUAAAAGAGGUCACAUCAACUCCAGAAUCAGUGGUUAGUAACAGCCCUCAUGACAUCAUGGUGAUACAUGGUACUGGCAGUAUAAAAGCAGUAGCUGAACCUACAGAAAGCAAAAAUGCAAAAGUUGGUUCUUCAACUGUCUCAUUAGGCAAGAUUCUUCUGAUUGAACAUGGCUCUGGAGAAGAAUUCAAAGGUGACAGCAGCAUCACAAAACUAAUGUCUAAUGGACCUACUGAAGAAAUACUUGGAAGUAAUUUCUCAUUUAUUGACCAGGGAUCUGGAGGAACAGACACAUUCAUUGAAUCAUUUGCAAAAACAGCAGUUUCACCCACUGGGAGACCAGAAACACAAGAGAAGUAUGAUGAAAAAGUUGUCAGCCCACCGUCUAUGGAUCACGCCUAUACUACUGAACCUGAUGAGCUAGUCACGGGUACUGAACAUGAAGUAACCACAAUGGGAACUGUGACUGACAUAAGAAUGGAAGAGAAAACAACUGAUGAACUGACAGUGAGUGCUUUUCCUACAAAGAUUCCUUUGGUGGAAGAUAUACAUUCUGGGGAAGACAGGCCAAGGGAAAUUUCACCAAAAGCUAUAGAAUCUUCUGAAGAAACAACAACAGACCCAUUCUUUAAAAGUACACUGGCUAACCAUGAACAUCUGGGAUUUCCAAAUGUUCCAACUGUCAGUCCACAUUCAGAAGAAAAGGAAUUAGAAACGGAAUCUCUUAAAAAAAUACUUUUGCCAUUUAAUGAUGACAGAGUAACUGAGCCUGUAAAGAUUGAAAGGAAAUACAUAAGCUCUCCAGUUACAGAUAUAGAGCAAGAGGAGGAGUUGGUACAAAAUAUUUUCCCUACGAGAGAUAUUCCCAGAUCACUGACACCUGAAGAAGAAAAGCUAACAAAUGAUGAGGUCAUCAGUGAUCCAUUAUUUUCAGGACAAGGAUCGGGAGAUGACCUUGCUGUUAUUCCUUCUGGAGUGCCAUUGGCUGUUGAAGAAGUCUUGAGUACUUCAAGUCCUCAAACUUCUUAUCCUGCAAGUAUGGGACCCAAACUUUCAACUGACAAGAUACAAGACUUUAAAAGAGGAAGUACUGAAUCAAAUGCUGAAGUUACUGAAGACGUUACAAAUGCUGUAACUGAGUUGCUGCCAGAAACAGAAGACCAGUUCCCGAGCUCAAUGAUCACCAGUUCCCCAGAUUUAUCAGAAGAGACUUCCAAGAGCUUCAGCUCUAAAGAGAUUAAAGAGAUGACACAUUAUUUUGUUGCAAUUGAAGAACCUCACAAGAAGGAAACUAACUAUAGGGGAGGAGAAAAUGAAACAGAUAGGACAACAGCUACUUCUAAAGCUGUUUCUCAAGAGGAAACUUCACAUUUGCUGAUUAAAGAUGGCAUAACUCCUGGUUCUGUAAUACUGAGUAGAACUCCUGAUCUUGAAACAGAGGAAUCGCUUGUCACUUCAACAACAAAAAUGCCAGCCAGAGUAUUACCUGAAAGCUCUGGAGAAGGGUCUGGCUGGGUUGGUGUUUUGGAUUCAUCUUCUCCUGAUAUGAUUACUCAUUUGCCAAUACCCCCUAUGUCAAAAGUGACAACAGAGGCACCGAUAGAUGGAUCACAGACUGUGAUCACAGGACUAGCAUCCCUUUUUACAGAAGAAAAAGAGAUUGUGGCAAAUCCAUCUGCUGUUCAACCAAAGACAGCUACAUCGGAAGAACUAACAAGUGAUACUGGGAUAUAUGAGAAAAUUAUUCCUGUGAUUGAUGAUAAAAGAAGUGUUAUACUGAAUGUUUCUGUUUAUGGUGAUAUUACACUAAUUGAAGAACGACUUCAAAUCCCAUCAGAAGAAACAACGAUUAUCGAUAUGGAUCAUUCAAAAUCAAUGCCUGAAGAUAUAAUAAGUGUGCAGACAAUGCCAAAUCCUGUCAUACAAUCAACAUACAGCAGUAAUGAUAGCAUGACAGCUGAAGGGAAGAGAUACGAAUCAACACCUAAAUUUACCAUAACCAAAGAGAAGACACUUGGAUCUGGUGAUAGUCUUUCUUUGGCUACUUCCAGUCAGCCAAGUAGUGAAUCUGUAACAGCUGGGCACAGACCAAAAUCAGAUGACAAGGAUUUGGGUUCAGGAAAUGCCAUGAAGUUUGCAACAGACACUCUUAUCACUACCGAACUCUCUGAACUGGGCAUUUUCCUUCCUACAGUACCAUCAAUGGCAAGCCCUCAUGUGCCUCAUGAGUCUAAACAUGUUGUAACAAGCACAACAGAAGACACCUAUGAGCUGAAUACUUCAGCAAACAACCGAGUAAUAGCAGAUCAAAGUGAAACAAUCUCUGUCUCUGGCUUUUCUGGAAUGGGCCAAGAAGAACUGUAUGAUAAGCAGCCUGUGGUUCCUUCUCUUACACCAGUUUUAACUACUGAGACAGAAAAGUCUUUGACAACUGACAUGCUUGAUGUAAAUGUUGUCACCACACAGCGUACAACCCAACUGACAACUGUAUCAUCUAGCAGGAAUGAAGAAAAGCAUCCUACAGUAUACACAAACACAAAAUCGGCAUCAGCAGAGUAUGAAGGAACAGAUUCAGUGAGCUUUUCUUCUGUACCUCAAACUCCUAAAUCCUCAGUAACUGUUCAGUUAGUUAAUGGAGUAUCUGAGUAUCCUGAGGUAAUCAUUCCAAGUACAUCAUCAUCAAAGGAUUCAGAUCAGUCCGAUCAUUCAUCAGAAGGUACCUUCAGAGAGGUUAGUUCUGAUAUUGCAGCAACAUAUAAACCACCCACUACAGACCUUCUCGACAGAACAGAGUCUUCUCUGCUGGAGUUUUCUCCCAAGCCUGUUUCAGAAAGUACAACUACUGAAAGUACUCCUCACUUUAAUAGACUUGUAACAGACAGAACGGAGGAGACUGUAACUGUAACUGAUUUGGCUGUUGAGGAAGAAGCUACUGUUUCUGGAGAUUCUCCAUCAAUACACAUAUUGCCUACUGCUUUUCUGAAUUUUGGAGAAACAGUGAACACAGAUGUUCCGAAAGUUAGCACAAUAGAAGUUGAAGCUUCCUCAGGGACAGUGAAUAACCCCCGUCAAGAAGGUGACAGAAGUACUGAGAGAGAGAUCCCAUGGCUUUUUUCCACACCUGUUUCAGAUUCACCCAAUACUAUUGACAAUGAAGUAUUUAAACCUGACCAGGAAGCAUUUACAAUGCCAGCUUCAUCUUCACAACCAUUGGAUAGAAGCAUGGAAACACAAUCAGCUUUGUUUGGUCGAGAGGAGAUCACAACAAUUUCUUCUAACAUUGCAACAAAUGACACUGCCCCUGGAAACAGUCCAUAUCAAAAUAAGCAGUCAACGAUAAGCUCUAAGGAGCCAAAUACUAUUGAACUUGUAACUUCAUCAUUUUCCCUUCCGGAAGUCACUAAUGGAUCAGAUUUCCUGAUUGGCACCAGUGUGGGUUCAGUUGAAGGCACAGCAGUGCAAAUUCCAGGCCAAGAUCCAUGCAAAAGCAAUCCCUGCCUUAAUGGUGGUACCUGUUAUCCACGUGGUUCAUUUUACAUCUGUACAUGUUUGCCAGGUUUCAACGGCGAGCAGUGUGAAUUAGAUAUCGAUGAAUGCCAGUCUAACCCAUGCCGGAAUGGAGCCACGUGUAUAGAUGGCCUCAAUACCUUUACUUGCUUGUGUCUGCCAAGCUAUGUAGGUGCUCUCUGUGAACAAGACACGGAGACCUGUGAUUAUGGCUGGCACAAGUUCCAAGGACAGUGCUACAAAUACUUUGCCCAUCGGCGUACAUGGGACACAGCUGAAAGGGAAUGCCGUCUCCAGGGAGCACACUUGACAAGCAUCUUGUCUCAUGAGGAGCAGAUCUUUGUGAACCGUAUUGGGCAUGACUACCAGUGGAUUGGCCUCAAUGACAAGAUGUUUGAGCGUGAUUUCCGCUGGACUGAUGGUAGCCCACUGCAAUAUGAGAACUGGCGACCAAAUCAGCCAGACAGCUUCUUUUCUGCUGGAGAAGACUGUGUUGUUAUAAUAUGGCAUGAGAAUGGGCAGUGGAAUGAUGUACCAUGCAAUUAUCACCUUACCUAUACCUGCAAGAAAGGAACAGUUGCUUGUGGUCAGCCUCCUGUUGUGGAAAAUGCAAAGACCUUUGGGAAGAUGAAACCUCGUUAUGAGAUCAACUCCCUUAUUAGAUAUCACUGCAAAGAUGGUUUUAUCCAGCGCCAUAUUCCAACCAUCCGGUGUCAAGGGAAUGGAAGAUGGGAUAUGCCUAAAAUUACUUGCAUGAAUCCGUCCACAUACCAAAGGACUUACUCUAAGAAAUACUACUAUAAACAUUCUUCAUCAGGAAAGGGAACAUCAUUAAAUUCAUCAAAACACUACCAUCGCUGGAUCAGGACAUGGCAGGACUCAAGGCGCUGAGAGCUAAAUGGUGAAUGGGGAUUUCCACCAUUUCCGCCAAAGUCAUUACUUUCUGUGCCUUUUCUAUCACUUAUGGGAGUAUUAUCGAAUUGUUUUGAAACUAUGGACUGCGGUAUUCACAAUGCAUUUUGCAAAAAUAUGGUGUUUAUCAGAAAAUUAAAAAAAAAAAAAAAAAGGAGAAGUGCUUAUGGGGAUAAAAGGUAACCAUUUCCAGCCUAUAAAGAUUAUUAGUUUUCUAUAUGCCAUCGGUGUGGACCAUUUUAUGAUAUAUACCAGCCUUCUGCAAUAUUUAAACAGCUCGAUUUUAGCACCAAUGAAAAUGUAAAUAAGAUGAUUUUAAUGUUGUUUAAUUGUGUGUUGUUUUUAAAAUCCUGUAUAUAAAAUGAAAAGUCACACUAAUUUCAGGCAUAUUUAUGGUUAGAAUGGCCUCAGAGGUCUUCAGUCAUUUAUGACAUUGUUUCUAUGUUGUUUACCUAGGCUGGAAAUGGUUGAAAUAACUUCACUGACUGAAAUUUGCUCUUAUCAGGUGAAGAUAAACACACAAGUGACAUGACUUUUUUUUUUUUUUUUAAUGGCAACUGUGCCAAUUUCUAUCCAAGGUACAGUUUGUGUCCAUGUGAUGCAAAGUUUAGACAGAGCACAUAAAAGUGGCAUGAAGCAUGAACUAGGGACUGCAAUGUGGAACUUUUUUUCUGCUCUCCAUUCCAGCUUCACCAUUCAUGAGAAAGGACUGCAUGGAGGAGUUGUGUAUGACAAGGAGGGCCUGUAAAAAUCCAAGUGCUAAUACAUUAACUUUAUCAACCAGGGCCACUUUUUUUGAAAAGGAAAAAAAAG